AUGUCGCGCCCAUUCAAGCAGAGAGAUAUUGCUUGCUCUCGCUGCUUCCGCUUGAAGCGGAAAUGCGAUCACGCGAAACCAACAUGUGGGGAAUGCUACCGCAAAGGCGCUGAGUGUCUUCCUGCUCGAUCUCGCAGAUCGGGAGAUAGCGUUACGAUCCCGGUCGCCUAUCUCAAGGAACUCGAGAGGCGAGUCGCAGAACUAGAAGAUACAUCUCGAAUGGCGGGCUCACAUGUUGAACUGCGCGAUGCAAGCGUCCAAACUGACUUCCAAGAUGGGCUAUCUGGGGAGGAAUACACCACUCAUGCCAUUGAAGACAGAGCCGUGGUCCCAUCCCCAUCCCCAACACCACAAUCACUAUGCCGGGAAUCCGCUUUUUCUCAGAUCGAUUUCGCAAAUAUCUUCACCCAACUCAAUGAAGAUAAUCUUGACUUUUUACAUCUCGGCAAAGGACCGACAUAUCCAAUCCUUGGAGAUGAUACACUCUGGCUCACGGAACUCUACACGAAUGUCUAUUUCUCAGUAGCCCAUCGCGAAUGGCCUUUCCUUAACGAAUCCACAUGGAAAAAUUGGCACAGGGAAGAAGGUCUGCAGGACCAAGAAGAGUGGAGAUGUUUCUUUUUGAGGAUGGUAUAUGCCAUUGGCGCAUCCCUCUGCAGCACCAUACACAGAGACCCUACACAUUUGACUCGCGCAAAAGAACUUUACUCAUCCGCGAUGAAUUAUUACCCUCACGUUGUGGGUAAUACGUCUAUGAUUCUGCAGGUCCAGGCCUCUUUGCUCUUAAUUAUCUAUGCCUUCCAUUGCCCAUCCUCCGAGGAGAUUGCAACAAGUGUUUCCUCCAUAAUGCCAUUUUGCAUUACUGCAAUGACAGAAAUGCGAAAAUACAUGCGGGUUAACCAGGGCGACAAGACGCUUAGUGCUUCAGGGGAAGCCUCCGUCGAGAAUAUGUUCAUCACCUGUUAUAUGUUAAAUGAAAUCGUGGCCUCCGGCUGGGAUCGACCUGUGUCCGCCGCAUAUCAGGCUGUCGAUGAUGAUGUUAGUACUAGUGCCAUGAACAACUCAUCAUUGACAAAACUUACUGACUGUCUUUUCAAUAGUUGUCUAGGCUUGGGGACUCGGUUCAGCCCCCCCGUCCAAACACAUCCUGCUAUAAGUCACCUGUUCCGGCUACGAAAAAUCCAAACAAAUAUCAGACGGUCCUUGGAAACCUCUCGCUGGCAAUUUUCCGAGGAUAAAAAUGCGUUCAGCUCUUCACUCAAAUCAGCUUUGGAUCUUUGGCGGCAGGAUAUUCCGCGCUACGGCACCGACGAAGUCUCCUGCGGCUAUAAUCACCCCAGCUGGAUGACAAAACUUUACGACUAUAGCAUCUUGAUAUUGAUGGAAGAGAAGAGCAGUUUCCUUGAUCAAGAUGGGACGGAAGACAUAUUCUCUGCAGUUGUUGAAGUCUGCCUCAAAUUCCGUCACUUCCAGGAGGAAGGGCAUGUAAUGUGUUUUACCUGGUCUGCACUUGUUUUCCAGUUCCGGGCCGGUAUUAUGCUCCUUUAUCUGAUUUGGGCAACGAGGCCUAUAGUGGACAGUCCUAGUUUUCAGCAAGGACCCCGAAGUUAUGACUCACCUGAAGCCAUAGAAGCAUGCACUAAGAAUUUGAGGUGCUUUGCAGAUCGCUGGCAUGACGCUAUGCCAUACUCGAAGGUAUUCGAAUUCCUUCACCAGAAGGUUCUUUGGCACACCGGUGGGAACAGCACGGCAAAUAAAACCCUCGCUUUAGCGGAGGCUGAAUCAUAUCUACAACAGCUGAAGGAUAAAUACCUUCACCGAGCGAUACUUGGGAUGAUUGAAGAUAUAAUGUAUGGAGGUUUUGUGCGAUACGAGGAGAUUUCAGAUGAUUAUAUGACUGAACUAGCUUGUGAGGUGUAA